AUGUCGAUCCAUCUACUGAACAAGAAGGCGGACAGCCUGCGCUCCACCAACGUUCUCCUGACAAACAUAAACGCCAGCAAAGGGAUGUACGAAAUAAUAAAGAGCAACCUCGGUCCCAAAGGGAGCUACAAAAUGCUUGUGAGUGCCUCAGGCGCUAUAAAAAUUACCAAGGAUGGUAAUGUACUGCUUAACGAAAUGAUGAUUCAGCACCCAACGGCGAGCAUGCUCAGUCGAAUAUGUUCAUCCAUAGAUGAAACUCUAGGAGAUGGUUCCACUAGCAACCUCAUCGUAGCUACUUCUUUAAUAUAUUUAUCAGAAAAGUACAUUCUGUAUGAGAGUAUCCAUCCACGCAUUAUUACACAGGGCUUCGACCAAGCCAAAGAGAUUCUUCUAAAUGUACUGGAUAAAAUGAAAAUACCCAUAAACAUAAAAGAAAAAUUUGACAAGGAGCUACUUUAUAACGUUGCAAAGACAUGCAUUCGAACCAAGUUACCUAUUCCACUCGCAGAUAAGUUGGCAGAUGAUUUAGUGGAAAGCAUAAAAAUUAUUUACAAUCCAGAGAAACAGAUAGAUCUCCACAUGAUUGAAAUAAUGGAUAUAAAGAAGAAUAUGAGUAUUAACACAAAGUUAGUUAGAGGUAUGGUUCUGGACCAUGGAUGUAGGCACCCUAACAUGCCAAACAAACUGACAAAGUGCUUCACGCUAGUGUUGAAUGUUAGUUUGGAGUAUGAGAAGAGUGAAGUUUUUUCUUCCUUCGUCUAUUCCAAUGCGGAGGAUAGAGAUAAGUUAGUUGAGUCGGAAAGGAAGUUCACAGACGAUAAGGUGAAGAAAAUUAUUGAGCUAAAAAAAAGUAUUAUAGAAAAGAAAUUUAAAGAAACUAACGAAGUGUAUAAUUUUGCCGUAUUCAAUCAAAAAGGAAUAGAUCCUGUCAGUUUGGACUUACUAGCCAAGGAAAAUAUCAUGGCCUUAAGACGAAUUAAAAGAAGAAACCUAGAACGCAUUGUACUCUGCUGUGGUGGAAAUGCUUGCAACAAUGUGUAUGAUUUGACGGAGGAAGAUGUAGGAUUUGCAGGACUCGUCUAUGAAAUAUGUAUUAAUGAUGAGAAGUAUACCUUCAUUGAAGAGGUCGUCAACCCUAAAAGCUGCACCCUAUAUAUUCAAGCUCCAAACGACUACACCAUUAAACAAAUUAAAGAUGCCAUUCGAGAUGGAUUGAGGAGCAUAAAGAAUGCUAUCGAAGAUCAAUGUGUUAUUUCUGGUGCGGGUUCAUUUGAAAUUACAGCCUACUGUAAACUAAAAGAGGAAGAGAAAAAAAUGCGAGGCAAACAAAAGUUCUCUUUCGAUGUUUAUGCAAAUAGCUUGCUUAACAUUCCCAAGAUUCUCCUAGAAAAUAGUGGACUCGAUAUUCACGAAAAGUUAUUCAAUGUUAUAGACAAAUAUAUGGCUGACCAGUCGGAACCUCUCGGUCUCGAUUUGGAUACUGGAGAGCCCAUCAUCGCCCAUUUGAAAGGCAUAUACGACAACUACUCUGUGAAGAAGCAAAUCAUCUCCAUCGCUACGGCCAUCUCUCAGCAGAUCCUGCUCGUCGACGAGAUUAUACGGGCAGGCAAGUCGAUGGGCGAGGAGAAGUAG